UGUCAGUUGCGGUACUGUUCCCAGUGAGUUUUGUGCCAUCAGUUCCACACCCAAACAGUUUUUACAUUUCGCAUUGGUUGGCCCAAUUCUGUCUUUGAGCACAACUACACUUUUUCCAUUCGUAUCCUCUGGGCAAUAUCUCUCUUCUCCACAACAGCGUCAAACGACUCCGACGAUGGACCAUAUCGUACCAGUUUAGCUAGUUGCGUGCGAGAGCUUCCAUCCUUACGUGCCCCAUAUAUUAUGGGCAACCGGUGUUCUCGCUGCUGUCGUAAGCAUCCCAAGCCCAUCAAACAUUCAGAGACGUCAAACUAUGGAGCGGCCGCGAACCACUUCAACUAUAAUGUGAAACCGAGCGGAUAUAUGACCAGUUAUCCAAAAGAUGCUCAUACCGGAUACGUACAGAUUCCUACUGCUGAUAGUAAAAUUGGAGGCGGUCCACACGAUUUAAAUGGUGAAUUUCGGCAGCACCAAUUUCAGUUAACUCGAGCCGAUCCUGUGGUUAGAGUGGGCCCCUCCGGCGAUAUUCGGCACAGCAAAUUCAAAGUUGUAAGUCAGACACCCCAUGGAGACUACGUCAUAGUCACCGAACCUUCGGAUUACAUGGUGUCUUCCAUUUGCAAGCAGACAAGCUGCACAAACCUGCAACAUAUUUCGGAGAGAGAACCCGAUGACACCCUAACCGAUCCAUCGCUGAAUCCAACCAAAGAAACUUUGUUUAUGCAACGGUCCAUACGAGACGUGGAGGCCAGUGAGUGA